AUGAAAGCCCUACGGCAAAGAGCUCCUGCCGCACCCGAAGCUGUGCCACAGCUGAUUGAAGCGCUCCAGGGACCAAGCGGCUUGAUGCGCAAAGAGGCACUGAGCGCGUUGGGCGCGAUGGGUCCAGCAGCAGCUGAAGCCGUGCCGCACCUGAUCCAAGCGCUUGAGGAUGAAGACUCUGAUGUGCGCAGUAGCGCCGCAUGGGCCUUGCAUGAGAUGGGUCCUGCAGCAGCUCAAUCUGUGCCAUACCUCAUCCAAGCGCUUGAGGACAAAGACAGUCAUGUGCGCGAUAGCGCUGCAUAUGCCCUGGGCAAGAUGGGUCCCGCAGCAGAUGAAGCAACCACACAACUGAUCGGAGCGCUCCAGGACAGCGACCAGGUUGUCCGCAUAACUGCUGUAGAUGCGCUGUGCCAUCUCGGCCCUGCAGCAGCUGACAUUGUGCCACAGCUGAUCAAAAUGCUCGAGGAGGAAAAAGAGUUCGUGCGCAGUGCAGCCACGAUGGCCUUGCGGCAUAUAGCUCUGGUAGAGGCCGAGGCUUUGCCAAAGCUGAUCAACGCGCUCCAGGAUCAAAGUGGGAUUGUGCGGAAAGGCGCAUCAGAUGCGUUGGGCCGCAUGGGUCCUGCAGCAGCCGAAGCUGCACCGCACAUGAUUGCAGCGCUUGCGGACCCAGACGAUGAUGUGCGCGAAAGGGCUGCCUUUGCCUUGCGCCGUAUUGGUGUUGUGGCAGCUGCCGCUUUGCAACAGGAAAUCAAAGCUCUAGAGGACGACGACUGGCAAGUGCGCAGAAGGGCCUCCAAUGCCUUGGGCGAGAUGGGUCCGGCAGCAGCCGAAGCCGUGCCGAAUCUGAUCAGAGCACUCCGGGACUGCAACAAGGAUGUUCGCAGCAGUGCUGCGGAGGCCUUGCGCAGGAUCGGUCCUCUUGCAGCUCAGGCUGUGCCGGAGCUUAUGGAAGCACUCCAAGACCCAGACGGGAUCGUGCGGGCGCGUGCUGCAGAAGGCUUAGCCGCGAUGGGUCCCGCAGCUGCUGCCGCUGCGCCGCAUCUAAUCAGGCUGCUCCAGAGCCAAGAUCAGUUUGUCCGUGCUCAGGCCGCCGAUGGCUUGGGUAACCUGGGUCCGAGUCCCGAAGCAGCUGAAGCUGUGCCACAGCUGCUGCUGGCCCUUGAGGAGGAGUCGCUGCAUCUUCGUGGUAGUGCGGCUAGGGCCUUGCUCAAAUUGAAUCCUGUAGCUUUGCAUCUGGAGGAACUUGUCCGGUUGCUUUCUGGCGCAGAUCCGCAAGAGCCUGCUCAUGGUGUGCUCUUGCAGCUUGCCCUCUCGGGUACCUCCAAAGGCGAGGCUCUAUGUGACCCAAUUGUUGCCACUGCUGUGCCAAACGCAAUUUGGUAUAGUGACAGCGCUGAUGUGAUGCGGGCUGCAGUUCAAGCGCUGCCUGAAAUCAGGAAGUCAGUUAGGCUCAGUGACUUCCAGCUGCGUGGCCUUGUGCAGCGAGCUUUUCGGAUAGUACCUGAUGCCGUGGUGGAAUGCAAGCUUCAUGAGCUGCUGGGCGUCACUGGCUCUGCACACUCAGCAGAUGCACCGCUGAGCGUGGCAGACCCUAGUGAUCGUGAUGGCAUUCAACUUGUUAGCGAGAGCGAAGGUUCUAACACUGGCGCCACAGCAUUGCUCUUGCAAAAACCUGGCUUGAUGAAUGCCCAGCCAUCUCACAAAGGCGAGGGCUUUGUUGGAUGCAGUGUGGACAGCGAUCACGUCUCUCUGGCUCAUCGAGCAUGCCCGAACCUCACG